AUGCCAGGUGUCCAUGUUGAUGGCAUGGAUGUGUUGAAGGUGAGGGAGGUAGCAAAGGAGGCUAUUGGGAGAGAUAGGAGAGGAGAAGGCCCAACUUUGGUUGAAUGUGAGACUUACAGAUUCAGAGGACACUCUUUGGCUGAUCCUGAUAAGCUUCGUGACCCAGCUGAGAAGGCUCAUUAUGCAAUAAGGGAUCCAAUAACAGGAUUGAAGAAAUACCUAACUGAAAACAAAUUGGCAAGUGAAGCAGAUUUAAAGGCGAUAAAGAAGAAGAUAGAUGAGGUGGUUGAGGAAGCUGUGGAGUUUGUAGAUGAAAGCCCUGCUCCUUCAAGAAGCCAACUGCUGGAAAAUGUGUUUGCAGAUCCAAGAGGGUUUGGAAUUGGACCUGAUGGAAGUUACAGGUGUGAGGAUCCUAAGUUUACUGAAGGUACUGCUCAGGUUUGUUACUUCACUCGUGUGGUGAAAGUUGCUGAUGUAGCUGGUAUUCUAAGGACUAAAAGUCCUAAUCUAUUCUGUCAAUUAGGAUUGAUGCAUAUAUUUGUAGUUCCACGUGCUUCUCGUGUGAUUGGCAUGAUCACCAAAAAGGACUUGAUAUUUGAGUGUGAUAAUCUUGGUGCUACUUAUCUGUCUGCCAAUCCUGUGUUCCAUGCUCGCACGAAGCAUGUUGAGAUUGAUUUUCACUUUGUUAGAGAGAAGGUUGCUGCAAAGAAACUCUUAGUUCAAUUUAUCUCUACUAAUGAUCAGAUUGCUGAUAUUUUCACUAAACCGUUAUCUUCACAGAGGUUUGAAGGGUUACGAUCUAAGCUACAAGUCUUUACCCGGCCUUAG